AGCCAACUAAGAUUCCACGACAAUUUGAAACAUAAAUCAGAGCGUAGUUGAAGCCCUAUGCAUCUUGUACCUAUAAAAUAUGCACAUGUAAGCUCUUACAUCCCAACCUUCGCAAAUACUACCAACACUACUUAUAUAAAACCACCUUCCAUUUUUUCUAAAUCGUCUCACUCUAGCUUUCAAUUUUUACCAAAAAAUGGCUUCAAAUCCAGCAUUAGCAAAGCUAAACUUUGUUUUGAUACCUUUACUUUCUGCAAGUCGCAUAAUACCCAUGGUUGACAUUGCCAAAUUUUUAGCACAGCGAGGUGUGACAGUCACUUUAGUGUUGACACCUCUUAAUGCUGCCCCAUUUACUGCAGUAAUUGAUCGCGCCAUCGGUUCUGGACUCCUCAUUCGGGUACUUGAGCUUCAGUUUCCAGCCAAGGAAGCAGGACUUCCAGAGGGAUGUGAAAGCCUGAAUCUUCUUCCCUCUAUGGCUUUUGUAAGAAAUUUCUAUAAUGCAACUGAUAUGCUACAAAAUGAAGCUGAAAAUUUACUUGAAGAGAUGAAGCCUAAGCCAAGUUGCAUUAUUUCCGAUACGCUUAUUGCUUGGACAGCUGAUACAGCUGAUAAGUUUCAGAUUCCAAGAAUCCUUUUUGAUGGAAUGAGUUGUUUCAGUCAAGUGUGUUUGCAUAACUUGUACAUCAUGAAGGAUCAAAACAAAAUCCCUGACUCGGGUUCUUUUGUUAUUCCUGAUUUACCAGAUAGAAUUGAGGUCACUAAAGCUCAGCUGCCUGCAGCAUUCCAUCCAGGAACCAUUUCCAUACAAGAUAUUCGUGACAAAAUACGAGCAGCUGAAACAAGAUCCUAUGGGGUUGUCAUCAAUACUUUCGAGGAGUUGGAACAAAGGUAUGUUGAUAAUUUCCGAAAACGUAAAGAUGGUAGAGUUUGGUGUAUUGGACCUUUGUCUCUUUCUAACAAUGACGAUCAAGAUAAAGCUCAGAGAGGGAACAAGGCCUCAUUUCACAAAGAAGAAUCUUUGACGAAAUGGCUUGAUUCUUGGCCGUCUGAGUCUGUUGUGUAUGCAUGUCUUGGAAGCCUCGGUCGUAUUCCAGUUGUACAAUUUGUGGAGCUAGCUUUAGGCCUGGAAGCAUCAGGUUAUCCAUUUAUUUUAGUGAUAAAAGCAGGGGAAGGACAAGAACCAAUAGAGGACUGGAUAUCGAAAAAUGGAUUUGAGGAAAGAAACAAAAGAAAGAGGGGGCUUUUAAUCCGUGGCUGGGCACCACAAGUAUUGAUCCUAUCACACCCUGCAAUUGGGGGGUUCUUGACUCAUUGUGGUUGGAAUUCGACUCUUGAGGGUAUCAGUGCUGGCGUACCUAUGAUCACAUGGCCUUUAUUAUCAGAGCAAUUUUUGAAUGAGAGAUUCAUAGUACAUGUCUUGAAGACGGGUGUGAGUGUUGGAUGUCAGGAAGUGGUUCAUUUUGGCGAGGAAGGGAAGUUUGAGGCCCAAGUGAGUAAGGAAGAAGUAACCAAAGCCAUUAAAACAGUGAUGGAUAAGGAGAAAGAAGGAAAAGAGAGCAGAAAAAGAGCCAGAGAACUUGGAGAAAUGGCAAAAAGGGUUGUAGAAAGUGCUGGAUCUUCUUAUCUCACUUUGGAACUUUUAAUCAAAGAAAUAAAAGAAUUCCAACUUAACAAAUCAGCUUAAAAUGAGAAUGCACAAGUAUGCAAUGUACUUCUUUGAUUAGAAAAUUUUAUAUGCAAUGCACUUCUUUGAUUAGAAAAUUUUGUAUGCAAUGUACUUCUUGAAUUGAAAAUGUUAUUUGCAAUGUA